AGACGGCGCGUGGGUGUGUUUGUGGUUUUAAAAUUUUCUUGUCAUUUUGUAUUUACGUUUUGGACAGAAAACCGAUUUAUCUUAAUAUGUAAAAACCGCGUUACGGGAACCCAAAAAUAAAAAUGAACUACAUAUACGCUUUUAUAGUAAUUUUAUCGAUAUUUUCUGCCGAGAGUCACAAUAAAUACUCCAAAGACGUAAAUGAUAGGCCUGCGGAAGAUUUGCGCCCCAUUUCAUUGAAGCACCUGAAUAAGCCGUUCAGGAUGGCAAAAUUAAAUCUUCUCUGGUCAAAAGCCGUAAACAGGUUAUCAGAAGCCAAGUUAAAGAGUCUGUUUGGUGAACUGAAGCUUCACGAUAAAGAAGAGAUCGCAUGGAAGCAUCUACGGGCUGAGGGUAAGGAUAAGGACGGUUUGAAAGAGGCGGAGCUCCGUAAGAAAUUGAGGCGGAUAAUGGGCGACUAUGAUUUGUUGGAUGAGCUUGAAGCCGUCAAUGACGAUCGGAAAUUGCAUCCCCACAAGGCGCUGAACGAAGCCUCCGACAAGCACAUAAAUAAGAGCUUAUUUAAAGAUAAAAAGUUAAAUAAGCUUUGGGAGAAGGCGGAAGUCUCGGGUUUUAGCCUAGAAGAAUUGGCGGCUCUGAAAGAAGAAUUCAACCACCACCAAGAUAAAAUUGACCAGUACUAUUCCCUGUUGGAGAAUGUUAAGGGUAAACCCGAGGACUAUGACACCAAUUCGGUAGACGAUUCGUUGGAUAAGUACAAUAGAAUUGAAACUCUAGAAGAAGCGGAGCCCAAUAAAGAUUAUCUAGACAAAGUGAACAUGCUCAGGGACCACCAUAGAGAUAUUAAAGAUGGCUACGAUCGUCUCCAUCGGCUAUCGGCUUCGGGACCGUCGAGCAAGGAAUUUGUUGAACCAAAAGUGCAAGGCUUAUGGCGUGUUGCGGUAGACAGUAACUUUUCAUCAGCCGAACUUGAAUCGUUGCGGGUCGAGCUGCUCCAUUACGAAAAUCGGUUACUCAAAUUGAGACACAUGCAAGCCGAGCAUGCCCUAAACGAGGAAACGUACCGCGAGAAGCACAAAGUGGCGGGCGAAAAGAGCCACGGUCAGCGUAUGAUGGAGGAAAACAUCAAAAAACAGGCGCGCAAAGUCGAUAAAAUCCACUUGGAUUUGGAAACCAGGAUCAUGCAAAAGCACAUUGAGCUGUAAUCUCCAACCUAAUAUAUAAUUUUUACUCGGUUGUAGUAAUUGGUAUUUUCUAUGCUUUUAAAGAAUUUGUGACCUUUUUCUCGAGCCAAAUUUAAAUUCCACGUUUUUUGUUGUGGUAACUUUAAAAGGUAAGAUCAAGAGAUCACAAUAUAAUGGUAAUUAAAGGUCCUAGAAAAUCCCUAGAUAUUGGGAAUGGGCGAGUAUUUCUGGACUCCUUGCCCCUCGUUAGCUGAAAUUAAGAAUUCUAGACAGCUGCCACGUCCAGCGCAUGCGCAUAUUUACUCUCGCUCUUCCAUAUUUCCUAAUGACGGUUACAUUUUACUAGGGUCACGUGAAGCCCCUAUGUAACUUAUAGCUACCUGGUUUAAACUAACCAAUUUUGUAAUAUAUUGGGAAUUAAAAAUAAAGCGUUUUCGGUAAAAAUC